AUGGGUCUUCUUACACUGGCUACUUCUCUAUUGGCGCUUGGCUCAACAGCCACCGCAGCCAAUCUUUCCCAACGCAGUAACAACCACAAGUUGACUGCACCCGCACAAAGUCUAUUCGACUACUCCAUGCAAGUAUCGGAUUCGCGAUAUGAUGCUAGCUAUGGAUAUGUCUGGUAUCAAGAUAACGGUCAAUGGUCUGUUCGUUUUACAGCUUGGUACAUCGCGGGUCUUUUGCAUCGUGCGAAGGGUGAUGAUGUCAAGACUGCUGUUAAAGCAAUUGAGAACGUCUUGGCGAAUCAAUUGAAUAGCGACUUUGAUUCUGCUUGGUAUGGCACUUUUAAGCUUGCGCCUGAUGAGCCUGAUCCUACGCCAAAUGGCAUUUUGUAUCCUCCCUCCAUCUACGGGACAUAUGAUCCCAAUUGGAGAGAAUUCGUUGGCACUCAAUUGAUUCAAGUCGUCGAGGAAUUUGGCCAUCUCCUCCCCAAGGGCCUGGAAUCCCGCAUUGAGAAUGCCCUUGAAGCCGCCGCAAUCGGCGGUAUGCGUCGCAACGGUUCUUACCCCCAAGACGACAACCUAAUCCUCGGCUACUCCAACCCAGCCAUCAUGCGAGCCCUCACAACCGGCUGGAUCGGCAAGCGCAAGAACAACAAGGAGCUCAUCACCUUUGCCAAAGAGCAAGGCGACGAUCUCCUCAAGCUGUUCAAGAAGGAUGGUCAGAACGUGCUGGCCGAGUACAACGCGCCGAAUUACUACGGUAUUGAUAUGUGGGCUCUUGCUGCGAAUAUCGCAUACGGACCCAAGGAUAUGCCCAUGACCAAGAAUUCCAAGUUUAUUCUUGAGAAGCUUUGGGAUGAUAUUGCGGCGCAUUAUAAUCCUUACCUUGGAAAUAUGGUGGGACCGUAUGAUCGUGCUUACAGUCGCGAUGCAAACACUCAUUCUCAGAUUCUUUCCAUGGUUCUUUGGGGUUUGUACGGGCGUGGUGUUGGUGGUCAACCACCGCUUGGAGAAGGUGAUCUUCUAUACGAUGUCGCACAAGGUGCUGCUAUCGCUCUGGUCCUUGAUGUUGUUGCGCCUACUGUUUCCAAGAAGGCGCAGUCUAUCAUCAAGACCAAGGGUAAGUGGAAGGGCACGCGAUUCAUCAACAAGACUGUCUACGAGGAACUUGACUCCGAGACUCCUCGUCAUGUUACAUCUUGGCUUAGCGCCGAGCUCAUGAUCGGUGGUCAGACCGUCGCUGAGGAGAAGAACCGAGGAAACCAAUACGUUCCCGCUAUCGUUCAAUGGGCUUCAGACCCCGAGCACAAGCCCUACCCAUACAUGGGCUUCUUCUCACUCUACCCCAGCGCCUCCACGCUGAGCGCCAAGGCAGGACCCAAGACGCUGACGGUUUCUUAUCCCAACACUACGCAGGAGGGCACUGACAUUUUCACUUUUGCACUGACUGGCAUUCCGCCGUCUUGGACACUUGGAAACAAGAAUAUUGUUACGGGAUUGGAGAAGUUGCCUUGUUUGGAUGUGAAUGUUACUGCGCCGGGGUUGGAGAAGCAGGAUGUUGUUUAUGGUGCUACGUUGAGGAAUCAUUGGAUUUACAAUAUUUCGUAUGUUGUUCCUGAGGAAUUCAAGGGAGUUCCUACUGUUACUCUUGAUAUGGAAUAUACUUGCUAG